AUAAUCAAACUUUUUUACAAAAAAUCAUUGAUACCGAUACACAAACUUUAGAAAUGUUAGAAGAAUGUACUAGAAAAUUACAAAAAAGCAAACAAAUAAUAGCAUAUACAGAUGAAUCUCUUAUCACAGAUGUAACCUUAAAUAGCUCAAAACAUAUAGAAAUAAAAAAACAACGUAUAGGCUUUGGAGCAUUAUGUCUCGUAGAAAAUUCCAACUUAGGAAGAAUUGAAUGGAAAGGAAAAGUUGAGGGUCCACCUUUAUCAACAAGAGCUGAACUAUGGGCUAUACUUUCAGUCCUAUGGGUAAUUCCUAAUAAAAUUUCAAUAAAAAUAAUUACAGAUAGUGAAUCCUCAAUUAAAGCAAUUAAAGGUUACACCGAUAAACGUAAAGGAAAACACUGGAAUAAUUACAGUAAUCCAUUAAUACUACAAACAAUUAAAGAAUUAAUCUAUACAAAAGAAAUUAAUUUGAAACUAGAAAAAAUUAAAGCACACCAAGGGGAUUACAACAAUGAAAGAGUGGACGAAUUGGCAAAACUCGGAUCAAAUUCAGGAUCUAUCUUUUCAAUCAAUCCUAAAUAUUUACGAGAGCAACAAUUUAGACACAAAUGGAAUGGUAACAAUAUAGACACAUCAAUUAAGGAACUUAUCAAAGCAAAAGGAGAAAUUGAAUCAACCAUUUCUUGGUUUACACAACACCGAACAUAUAAAUGGCUAAACAAAAAUAUAAGGAAAGAAACAAAUUGGAAAUGGUCACAAGAAGUGUGGCAACAAUUUAAAAUUACUGACAACAAAACUUCAACUAGAGAUAACUCACUUCGCUCUUUCUCAAUAAAACUGCUAAAUGAGGAACUCCCAACAAUGAAA